AUGGGGUCCAUAUUUGCGGCUAUGGCCCUACCCGAAGUGGAGGUGUAUAGUGACCCUCAAGGAAAGGGAUUUGAUGAAUUCAUCAUGAGGUUCACGAUGAAAUACCAGAGCCUUGGGUUACGGAAUGACCUGCUCACCCAACUGUUGCUCUCUAAACUGCAAGGUUACCCAAAAGCGGUAGCGAAAUCCCUACCGAAGCUCGUAAGAGAGGGAAACUUUGAAAGCCUUGUAGAAGCUCUGCGAGCAAAGCUUGCUGUGGACAAUUCGGCGAUGCAGAUGAAGGCGUAUUUGGAUCUGAAACACCUCAAGAAACGUGGAGGCGUAACAGAAUUCUGCCUGGAACUGGAAAGGCUGUCAAGAGAGGCCUAUCCAGACGCAUCGGAAGAAGAGCUGUCCCCGCACAAGGGCAGGUGA